AAAAACUUUGUGGUUGGUGGGGAGCGCGUAAAAAGGAGGGCAGUGCCAUGGAAAUCGGACCUUGGAAACUCUGCGGAGAGAAGAUUCCCCCCUCCCUUCGGGGACUGAGAGCCCCAAUCCAGAGUUUUAAAUCGAGGGAGGAAAGGAAACACAAGAUGGAGUGAUCAGCCUUCGAGAGGAGGGGGCAAAGACGAUCCAAGAGGUUUGGAGAUGGGGGUUUAAGACAGAUCCCUGUUCUUUGGGGGAAAGGCUCUCCCUCCCAUAAGAAGUAGGGAGGAGAGCUCUCCGGGAUCAGGACUAAGUCGAUCCCUGCGCCCUCUGCUUGGAGGGAUCCCAAACACCUUGGCCCCAACACAGGCACUUUGCAACUAGCCGUGGUUUCUUUUUGCAAGUCGCUUUUGCAACUGACCUGCGAUCCUGAGAAACUCCCGGGCUGAUUUCAGCCCCGAUCCCUUCCUGCCAUGGCCCUGUCGGGCUGUGGCCCUAAGUGCGUCCCGACCUGGACUCCUCGUUACCGUUACCUGGACCUGCUCUUUGCCUUGGUAGGCACCGCGGCGUUCCUGGUGGACUUGGCUGCCGAUCUGUGGGUGGCUGCCGGCUACCUGCAGGCCGGGCAUUAUUACUGGGGCGGCGUGGUGCUGGGCCUUCUGGGCCUCUCCUCGCUGGCCACGCAGCUGUUCAGCUGGGCUUGGUACCGAAGCGACCCAAAAGAGCUGCGCCAAGACGUGCUGGACCACCAGACGUUGCUUACUCUACACCUCCUCCAGCUCGGAUAUCUGUACAGGUGUCUCCAUGUCCUGAAGGUGGGUUUUCACGUGUGCCAGAUGGAAGCUGCAACAGAGGUCGAGCGGGGCUAUGCCGUAUUCCUCUCCCACGACAUCAGCUUGCUGCGCCUGUUCGAGACCUUCCUCGAAAGUGCCCCACAGCUCACCCUAGUGCUCUAUAUUAUCCUACACACGGGUAAAGCAGAGACAUUUCAGAUUCUUGGGAUUUGCACUUCUUUCCUGUGCAUCGCCUGGGCCCUCUUGGAUUACCACCAGUCCCUGCGCAUCUUCCUACGGGACAAGCACAAGCUGGGCUUCCUUUCUUCGGCCCUGUACUUCCUGUGGAACUUCCUGUUAGUGUGCCCCCGCAUCCUGUCCCUCUCCCUCUUCACUGUCCUCUUCCCUCGCUACGUACUUCUGCACUUCCUGAGCGUCUGGUUGGCCAUGUUCCUUUGGGUGACGUUACAGGGCACAGACUUCAUGGAGCACGCUGGCUCUGAGUGGCUUUAUCGGGCGGUAGUGGCCGUCAUCCUCUACUUCUGCUGGUUCAACGUGGCCGAGGGGAGGACGCGUUACCGCUGCGCUAUUUACUACACAUUCCUUAUGCUGGACAGCAUCCUCCUCGCCUUCUCGUGGGUCUGGCACAACCUCCCCUUGAGCUGGGACUCUCCUGUGCUAUAUGCACUCCUGGCUGCCCUGCCUUGCUGCAGCUUAGGGAUCCUUUUGCGAUGUGUCUACUACAAAAGUUUUCACCCCAGGCUGCAGCCCGUGCCCCUAGCCAGUUAUGAUGAAGUAGACAACAGAGAGCAGGCGAGCGAACGUGCUGCUGUUUUCAAGCCAGAGAUGGCUGAAGGACACGUCAACCCACGGAUGUAUGGACUCUCGCAAAGUUUUGCUGGCAUAUCAGGGGACAUACAGAGCCAAGCAAAUGGGCAUUCGGGAACAUGAAUCUUUGAGCUCGGCAGCACACAGGUGCCCUUGGAGACUAUUACUUGAACCACUUCUGCUCCUCUAGAGCCAGAUGCUAAAAGCUGCUUUCAAGAACCACAGUAGAAAUGAAUUCUGAGCAAGGAAUCCCAGGACGAGAUCCUGUGAUCUAGGCAAAUGUCUGUAGCCAUUUGCAGUGAAAUUUAGUGGCGAAUCCCCUAUCCUUUGCAUCUCCUCUUCACUGCCUGAUUGACUUGGCAAUGCCUAAGGCAUUCCUGACCAUGGGAACAGGAGAGAGGAGCCUUCAGAGGUGCCCUAGGGACAGUUCAUUGAGACCCAAUGAGUGGAGGGCUGUGACUUUUUUUCAAGGGCAAGCUCAGUCUCCCUGUGGGAUAUGAAAAACAAGCUUGAGUGACAAUCGGUCCCUCAAAGAGGCUGAGAUAGUGUCAGAUUGUGUUAACUGCCCCUUGAGACACAGACCCAGUUUAAACAUGGCACUGGUGCCCAUGUAACGAAGUUGUGCAAUGCACCGUGCCCAACAGAGGAAACCAGCUUUCUCUCUGGCAUGGUUAAGUUUCAUUGGUUUCAUAAUAAGUUUGAGAAUAGAACACUUCAGAAGUAGAAAAGCACAAAAGGGUCUGUCCUAAGAAUAAUGCCCAGUUUAAACACGAUGCUGGGAGAGGAGAGAGCUUCCCUACAUCUGAACCUGCUGGAAAUGUAGGGAGGGCGGAAUAAAAACCAUAAAUAAAUAAAUAAAUGUUGCAUGCACUCAGCCUUAAAAGUGGGCCAGUGCAUACACCAUUAGUGCACCAGCACAUUGCCUGCCAAGAGUAGGAAUCUCUGGCAUGCUAACAUUGCAUGUGUAAUGUCUGAUGGCCCAGUUUAACCAAGAUGCUGGGAUUCUGCAGUAUCACUCAGUUGUUGCCUGCUGAAUUCACAUUUAAAUUAGGCCCAAGUCAUUUGCCCAUGAAGAAGAUUCCUGCAUGCUAAAUGGAUUGGGUCUUAAUUAAAUUGUUUUGCAGGCUUCUUUCAGCCUUCCAUUCCCGUCUUCAGCAUCCUUUAUUUCUCCAUUUAACUUAUUUAACUUAAACUAAGCCAGUGGGCCCUCUGUAAUUAGAUGAUGCACUUUAGCAAACAAAUGCUACCGUGCAUUAUUUAACUUGUAUGAAAGCAGCCAAGAGUUCCACAUCCUCUGACUUCUAAUGUUCUGCUUAGUGGACAGGAGGCAUGUUCGGCAUGUUUUCCCCCUGCAUGUGAUUGAUUCAAAAUAUUCCCAGUGUUGCUUGUGUUUUGUUUAAAUUGUUCACAAUACCAAGCUGUGUUUCAAUAAAGGGGGCUCAAAGGCCAAACUGGGUGUUACAGUGAGGGCGAAGUGGCUGCUUAACCCUUUUCCCUUAACCCUUUUUCUACUUGGUCACCCCUCCCCCCCCCCCCCGAUGCUUUUCCACCUGGGGAAAGGAAAACCGCACCAUUCUUCUGCUCGACCCCUCCCCCAAUAUCAUUUUUUUUAAAAGUCAACAGAUUGUUACAUGUGUACAACUUUCCUCUUGGCCUUCAGUGCAAAAUGUUAACUUAUUGACUUAGUGAAGAGGU